UAUAAUUGGUAUAACUGAUCUAUUUAACAUAUUUUAUAUCAUUUUCAUUUUCGAUCUGUCUUUAAAAUUAAUCAUUAAGAAGCUCGAUAAUUCUCUAAUAGAUUGACGUUAAGAAAACGUAAAGUUACUAUGUACUACGUAAGAGCGAUAAACUAUAACCCGUUUACAGAUGAUGCUGACACACAUCAGACAAUACUUCAUUUAAAAUUAAAUUACAGAUUCUCAAUAUUUAAACAAAUUUCUUUUUGUAAUUAAUAAAAGAGUAGAAUUAUUAUCUGCAGGUAGAGGUAGCUCCAAAAAUCUUGAUGGAAGAAAAAUAGAUAAAAUUUGUUUGUUCUUUAUUUAUUAACAUUUCAAUUUUAUAGUAUUCCAAAAAAUGGACAUUGAAUAUCCAUUUAGGAUCAACAGUACCUAAACAGUGCAGGAGGGUUAAUAAAGUCGAUAAAAAUUUUUAAAAUUACUUAAGAAUCGAUGAGUCCAAUAUAAAAAUCUAAGUCUACGAUGUGAUAGAGUAGACUUCCUGACGUUGGAAGGGUGUCAUAUUUAUGUCACGUGUAAGAGGAACGGUGGUUCGCGGUAGCGGCAUGCGAGGUCAGAAAAACGCUACAGUUUCCGUGUGACCCGCAUGCAUAUCGCAUCAAUACGACGUAUAUAAAUUGAUUUUUCUCACUGAAAAAUCUCGCUAAAGAGGCGACACGCGUACAUCGAUUCAAACGAUGAUGAUUUAAACUAGUCCGCGGUGUCUCGGUAUCUUUGUUUCCUGAAUUUUCAUCAGUAUUAUCUCUCUUCAAGUAAAAAAAAAAAAAGAAACAGUUUUUUUUUCAUUCGUCGAUCGAUAUCCGUGAAAUUUACCAGUUCCCAUUAGGAAUCAGUAUUUUAUUUCGCCCAUCGCACGCAUCGACUCUAUUUUUAGAGGGAGGAACUCCUCUCUAAAAACGAUCUGUUAGUUAGAAACGGGACGCGGUUUCGGUCACGGUUAAAACUAAACGAAUCAUGUCGAUUUUCAAUGGGAUACUGAUUAUCUUGUCGGUCGCCGGUUGCAUCGGUCAGAGAUCUCCGCGUACGCCGGAAACUCCUUCUCGUCACUUCCGUCAGUUUGAGGAGAGCCGAGAGAAUCGUGGAUACGUCGAGCAAUGCCGUGCCACGAAUCUGUGGAAAGGUCAGCUGGCACACGUGAACGUGAUCGCAUUUUUUGAUCCCUCUUGGUACUACAGUUAUAGACAGACAAUCAUGUUGAAAUUACUGAAGAGAAGACUAGACAAAUCUGGGUUCACGAAUAUCUUAUUCUUCUGCGUGGCACCGCCAUCGGGUUUGCCGGAAGGGAACACGGAGAACAGUGUCGAGAUAAAAACAUGGAGGGAAAUAUCGAAGAAUGUAUGGAAAUCCGAAUAUUUGUUUGAUAUUGACCAGAGAGUACUCGAUGAUUCUACAAAGAGUAAAUAUGAUAUUAUCUUCAUUCAAGAUAAUCUUAAGUUGAGGAUUUGGGAAAAUUUUCGCGCCUUGAAGGAUGAAGUGGUAAUCAUCGAUCGUUGUGGAAGAUUGACUUAUCAAGUUAUAGUCCCCUGGAGCAUAUUAUACUUCCCUUAUGUUAAAGCGGCUAUUCUUUCAACGUACAAAGAUGAUCCCUGUGGUCCUUGCAAUGUGCAAUCGUCUGUAGACCGCGAUUCAAUGGAUUAUGAAGAGUAUCUUUUAAAAAAUAUGAAUUUAAACGGGAAUUUAGAUCCGGAUAAAAAGAAAAUUGAUAAUAAACAAAGUACGAGUACUAUUACUCCUUUUAGUACGAAUCCAAGUACUAUUUCAACUACAGACAUAGAAAUUGGAACAACAUCUGAAGUUAAAGAAGAACAAGAACAAAUACAGAUAUCGAGUACAAUAUCAAACUCAGGGAUGACUGAAAGUUACACAGGAACGGGAGAUCACAUUUUAUUAAAUAAUCAGACGAAUAUAGAUAAUAAUUCUUCUACAAAUGAGGAUGCUCAGAAUGAAGAACCUAAAGCUUUGCCUUUACGUAUUAUACUAUACGCUCCUCAUUUGCAUCAAGAAGGUAAAAUGUUAAAAAAAUACACGCAUCUGGUUCUGAAGACAGGAAGUCCAGAUUAUCAUGAUCAUUUCAAUGUCAAGAAUACAGUGUCCGAUGAAGAGAUGCUAGUAUCUCAAUUAAAUACAACAUUAGAGGAUAAGAAAUUAACCGAAUACGUGGACAGUAUAAACGAAAGUCCAGGAUUGUAUGGAGAAAUUUCAGAUUAUUGGCGAACUCAGAACAACGAAGAAGUUAAUGAUAAAAAUGAAAACACUGAGUUUUUAGACUACGACGAUACCACGGUAGAUGGUUCAGAGAGUAAUAUUAAUGAUGCUUUCGUUAGUGAAAGUAGUAUCGUAAGACCAAGUGAAAUUGAUACAAUUAAUACGGAUCCAAAUAUUGAGAAUAACGAUGAUGCGAAUGACUUUACCCAGCAAAGAUUAAUGGAGCAUUACAGUAGACUAUUGACAUGGAUCUACUAUAUUAUUUAGAUCAUGUUUGUUCAGAAGAAUGUACUCUACACAAGUAAUUAUAACAUUUAUAUAAUUGUAAAAUAGAAAUGAAAAAUUUUUAUUUAUAUGCUGCUUGAAAUUUGAGGAACAGCUUUAUGUAUGUACUAUUAGAUUUUGUG